AUUGCAACUGACUGGAAAGUCCCACAAAUAUAAGAGGAAUAUAAGAGGAAUCAGUGAAGAUAACUUUUAUCAAAGGAGCAGUUCAUCAAAGACGCAGUUCAUCAAAGUAACGUCUUGGUCUCGUUGACAGGAUUCUUCUGCUUUCCAGAGUGAAGAUGGUGGACUAUGAAGUGACCGUUUCCACUGUUGAUAUCGCCACUGCCACCACUUUUAACAAUGUCUUUAUUAAGCUGGUGGGCACAGAAGGGGAGAGCGAACACACAUGGCUCAUAAGCUUAAAAGGAGCUUUAUCAUUCAUCAGAGGAGCGGUGUCUACAUUUACUGUGUCCUGCCCUGUCUCCAUUGGCAAGCUGGUUCUGAUAGAGCUAAACUUAAAGCAUAUCCCACUGUUCUCAGAAGACUCUUGGUUCCCUGCCAAGGUCGAGGUUAAAUCCCCUGAGGGAGACACCUACAACUUUCCCAUCUACCGCUGGCUCACUGACAGUGAGGUCCACCGCUUCAGAGAGGGAACAGCGCUGAGAGUCUUUGAAGACAGCCAUCAUCUUGGCAGGUACACUCGGGAGCAAGAGCUGAAUCAGCGUGAGAAAGACUAUCGCUGGCAUGUGUAUGUAGAGGGAGUACCCCACUGCAUGAAGGCAGAAGGUCUUUCUGAUCUACCUUCUGAGGUCCGCUUCUCCUUUACCAAGACCAGAGAGUUUCGUUUCACUGCACUCACUGCGCUGGCUGAGCUGCGACUGAAGGGAUUAGCUGAUUCCACAGAGAACUGGCCUGAUAUUGAUGCUAUAAAUCGGGUGUUUUGCUGCAAACAGACUGACAUUUUAGACUAUGUCCAGGAACAUUGGAGGGAGGAUGCUCUUUUUGGCUACCAGUUUCUGAAUGGUGUCAACCCCAUCUUGAUCCGACGUUGUUCAGCUCUGCCAGAUAACUUUCCGGUCACUGAUGACAUGGUCUUCCCCAGUGGUCAGUGUAGUUUGGCAGAUGAAAUGGAGAAAGGAAACAUAUUCCUGUGUGACUACAAGCGUUUGGAUGGACUGAAAGCAAACACGAUCAAUGGGAAGCAACAGUACUUGAUGGCUCCCCUUGUCCUGCUCCACAAAACACCUGAUGAUAAGCUGAUGCCACUUGCUAUUCAGCUGAAGCAGACCCCAGCAGAGGACAACCCCAUUUUUUUUCCAACCGAUUCUGAGUACGACUGGUUGACGGCCAAGACUUUUGUGAGAAGUGCAGAUUUCAGCGAGCAUCAACUCAAUGUUCAUCUGCUGCGCACUCAUCUGCUCGCUGAAGUGUUUGCGGUGUCACUGCUGCGCAACAUGCCUAUGGUACAUCCACUGUACAAGCUCCUCGUACCUCACACCCGCUACACUCUGCAGAUAAACUUCUUAGCACGAGAUCGUCUAAUAUCCGAGAAUGGAGUUUUCACAAAGUUUGCAGCCUCUGGUGGAGAGGGUUUGACAACACUCCUAAAGAGAUCACUGUCCGCAGUGACCUACAGCUCCCUCUGCAUACCAGAGGACAUUGCUGAGCGUGGGCUGAAGGAUGUGCCAAACUUCUACUACAGGGAUGAUGGACUCACGCUUUGGGAUAUCAUCCACAGUUUUGCGCAGGGAAUGAUCAGCUACUACUACAGGAAUGAUGCUGAGGUCCAGCAAGAUUCUGAACUGCAGAAGUGGAUUUCAGACAUUUUUGAGCAUGGAUUCCUUUCCCAAGCAGGCACAGGAAUUCCACAGAGCUUCACCAAUGUGGCUGAGUUGGUCAAGUUUGUCACCAUGGUGAUCUUCACUUGCUCAGCACAGCACUCCGCUGUGAACGGUGGACAGUAUGACUAUGGCGGCUGGAUGCCCAACACUCCAAUCUCCCUGCAACUUCCUCCACCAACCACAAAAGGGACAACAAGUGAAGCCACAAUGUUGCAGACAUUCCCUGCUGUCAACACAACAGUUCAGGGAAUGGCCUCCAUGUGGCUACUCAGCCAGCAGUCAUCUGACUUUGUGCCUCUUGGCCAGUACCCAGAGGACCAUUUCAGUGAGGAGAUUCCUCGCAAGCUGAUGGAGGAUUUUCAAAAGAAGCUUCAAGCAUUAAGCGCAGUCAUCAAAACUAGAAACAGGAGUCUGGAGAUCCCAUACACAUACAUGGAUCCAAAGGAGGUAGAAAAUAGUGUAGCCAUUUAAUUAUCAGAAGGUGUGAUGUCCUCAGUUAUUGGCCAAAUCAGCUUCAUAUUAAAAACAGUAAGAAAGAAACUACAUUUGAAAAUAUCUUAAUAUCUUAAUAUAAUAUCUUAAUGCUCAGUAACCUCAACAGGUUACAACGUACACCAUUUGAAAUGUAAAAAAAAAACAAAAAAAAAAACUGUUUUUUAAAAUUUCAUGUCUAAAUGGUGCCUGCAGGCAACAUUUUACCAUUGUGCAACAACCUACUGGAAUAAAUACAUUGAAGAGUCUAA